AGGCACAGAAAGCUAACUGUAGCUCAAAAGCUGAUGAUGCGGUAAAGAUUUAAUCAAAGCAACUUAAACGCUUCCACGAGAUUCUUAUAUCUAAAUGAAUGUCCUUACGUCAGAUGUGCACAAGAAAAACCGAGAGUAUCAAGGGGAAAGCCACCACGAUGAAUGGAUUUUAUGGCAGCAACCGGAUGAAUAACAGUCCAAAUGCACACAAUAAGAUGUUAUUCGAAGAAAAUAUACCCCGUGACUGGAGAACAAUUGCCACGAAUAUUGCUCGAUCAGUUCAAGACCUUCAAAGAGCUAUCAUAAACACUGAAAAUGCAAAUGAAUUUAGAACAGAAACUUACGCUGUCGUUGAUGCAGUUCGAUACAUGCUGUACUCCUCUCGCUCACUCGACAAAGAUGCCAUACAUCUGCAAGAUCAAGAGGUUAAAGAAUCUUUACGAUUAGUCCUUUCAACUUUAGCCAAACUCAUUUUAUCGGCCAAAGCAGUGAAUGAUAUCAAUACAGAUAAUAUGGAUAAUAAUAAGGUGAAACGUGAUGCAGCUGAUGUUCUCACCGCUACAAGAAAAUUUGUAACUAUAUGUCAAACAAAAAACGUCCAAAUUCAGCAAAUCGAACCCAUAUUAAAAGUAAAUGACAGCGAAUUUGUAGCUGCAAUAGCGCCUCAUGGCAAUAAUAAUGGAGCAAUAGCGAAUAAAAGAGAUAGUGGUACUAUUAUCAACGCAAACAGUAUUCGAGCCAAGCAUCCUUUAAAUCAGGAUUUAGUCGUCAGUUUACAAACUCAUGCAAAACAAAUCGUUGGUUCUACAGAUGCUUUGUGUAAAGCAACGACAUUUCUAUGUCAUUCAAAAGAAGAGCAGCAGGGUCAGUUUCAUGAUGGCAAUAGUAUAUUGUCAACACAUCCUUCAAGUGGUGGGCAAAGUCUAAUUUUGGAGCAAAAGUCUAGGUCCAAUUUUAUCCUUUUAUUUCAAAACUUGACUUCACAGAUCGGGAACUAUUUCACUAUAUUAGAGGAUAUUGACAUCAGUAAUGUAGAUGUGAGUCAGCUCCAUUCUCUGCCUGACUACUAUUGUAACAAGCAGAGGUUGUAUAAUGCAGUUGGGCUACUGUUCAGCGCCAUACAAACAUUAACCGAUACUAAGAAGGACUUAGCGACAGCGGUUGCUUCGGUUGAGCAUAAUAUUGCGAAUGUGGAGAAUACGAUAGAGAUGAUAUUUUCCACUGUAGUGCAAAUGGUAGCUGAAAGAAAAGUUUGGCUAAUGAGAACAGAAGACGGUGGCAUGAGUACCAAUAGCGUUUAUAAUAAGGAUGGAACUGACACUUGCGAUAAUAGUACAAUUACUCCAAACAAUACUUCUUUCAAUGAGGUUACCUCGAUAGCCUCUUCUCCUCACAAUGGACCUCACUAUUUAUCGAUACGUUCUCCCAGCAAAGAAGCGCCAUUACCACAGCAAGUAUCAAUUAACAAUUCUGCACAGCAGAACGAAUCUUUACAGAAACAAACCAGCAUCAAAUUACCUCGUUCUAUAAACAGUUCUAAUAAACGCACUAUUAUCAAUCGACAACUCAGCAAUAACAAUGUAAUGACCAACGGCGCGAGCGAUAAUGCUCAGGCCACGGCUAGGUCACAGUUUUGGUUUUUGGGUUAUGACUACGAUGAGAACGAUAUUGAAUUUACGCAAGACAAGAAUAUUAAGGGUGGAACUUUAGAGGUACUAGUUGAACGGUUGACACUUCAUGAUUAUAUCGAUAUGAGUUUUAUUGCAAAUUUUUUGCUCACUUAUCGAUCUUUUUGCACAACAGAAGAGUUCGUUGCUUUGUUACAGGAGCGCUACAAUUUAGCCCCUCCUGAGAGCUUAACACCCGAUGAAUUAGAAAUAUGGACUGAUAAAAAGCAGAAGUUAGUUAGACUACGUGUCUUCAACGUCAUGAAAAAUUGGUUGGAAAACUAUUACAAUGACGAAGAUGAAUUUAUUCUCGACAAACUCCAGUUUUUUGCGAACACUGUUAUUUGCGAUUCAUCUUCUUUUUCUGCAGAGCAGCUUAACCGGCUCAUUCGAAAGAGAAGAGAGCUAGAGGAGAACACUGGAGGGUUGAAGAAGCUGAUACCAAAUGCAUUGUAUGGUCCUAUGCCUAUCAUGCCGAAAAACUUGCAGCACAUUCAUUUAUUAGACACGGACCCUUUGGAAAUGGCUCGACAGCUAACCAUCUUGGACUUCAAACUAUAUAGCUCAAUUCAACCAAUUGAAUGCUUGGGAAAAGCUUGGUGUAAGGAUGGAUCAACAGCUGUUAAUGUGAAGCAGUCUAUUGAUUACUGUAACCGCUUGACAGCGUGGGUCACAGGAACCAUUUUGAGCAAUAAGGAAGCCAAAAAACGAGUGGUAUUACUGAAAUAUUGGGCUCAAGUUGCCAAUCGUUGUCUUCAGAUGAACAAUUUCAACACGUGCAUGGCCGUACUUUCUGCGUUUGAUAAUAGUGCUGUGGCAAGACUGAAAAAAACAUGGGAGCUAGUCAGCGGUCGUACGAAUCAAGGACUUGCGCAUAUUCGAAAAAUCAUGGGCUCGAAUAAGAAUUUUCAAGAGUAUCGGGAAAUGAUUCACUCAGUGAACCCACCAUGUAUACCUUUUUUGGGCAUUUAUCUUCAGGAUUUAACCUUCAUUGAAGAUGGAAAUCCUGAUAUGUUGAAAAAAUCCAAUAAUUUGAUCAAUUUCGCCAAAAGGCAGAAAGCAGCAGAAGUAAUUCGUGAGAUCAAACAGUUUCAAUCACCACCUUACAAUUUCCAAUAUGUGCCUGAAAUCCAAGUAUAUAUAAAAAUGCAACUCGAAACAAGCAAAGAUAUCGAUUUCCUGUACGAACGUAGCUUGGAACUAGAGCCCAGAAACAAUAAUCCCAUGACAGUAUCAGAUCAUGCAGCAUAAUUUCGAUGAGUGUGCAAAUAUGAUAUGAACAUAACUAAUCAUCCAUUAGACAUCUUUACGGCAAUUACAAUGUAAAAAAUUAUACCUACUUUAGUCUAUUACUUCUUGAUUACACACUUGUUAGACACAAAAAUAUAGCAUUAAAAGCCAACUUUACACAAACUCAUUGUU